CAAUUAAUGAACAAAAUGAGAGAUUAUAAUAGUCAUACAGUUGUUGCUGCAAAGAAGAGGAUUACUUACAAGAGGUAUGAUGCAAUGUUAUGCAAGAUGCUUUGUACUCUUUCUGCUAAGCUGGUUACACUACUGCCAAGGAAUAUCAGUAAGUGUAAUUACGGAUGAUGGAAAAGACACACUUUCUGGUUCAUACUGUCCUACUACUGUUAAGCUUAUCUGUAAUGUUACAAAUCUUCCUAAUUUGCGAUGGACGUACAAUGCCAGCAAAAACAUAAUUGUUCUUCUUCUCCCGGAUGAUGUACAACACUACCCAAUCCCAGCAUUUCCAUUUUACCAGUUAACACAGUUUAAUGUAUACAAAAAUCAUAUGAAUCUGACUCGGAUUAAUGCUUCAACGAUUCUCACUGUUGAUCUGUCAGAUCUGAACAAACAGAAUAUUGAAAUUAUUUCUUGUGGUUCUUCUUUUACGGACAAGACAGUGCCAGUGAAUAUCAGCAUUUUGCAGCCAACAUUUCCUUCUGUUAGCCCCCAAGUUUAUACAGCUGUGAUUGUACGCUAUGAGUCUAGACUUAUAUCAAGUGUAGAUGUAUCAUGGAGAAAAUUUCAGCAACCAGAUUGUCCUGAAUAUGAAAAUUCCCAAGAAUACCUCAUCAAUGUCACUGGAUGUGGGUGGACAUGGCUCAACCAAAGCACCUGUCAAGACACUAUUUGCUCGUCUGUUUUCUGUAAUUGUACGGAGAACGUGAGUGAAAUCACCCUACAAGCCAAGAUCGCUGACACUGAGAGUGAGCAAGUAGUUUUUCCCACGUCUGUAGAUUCCAAUAAUCGCUACUUUAGAGCUGCUCUUAACCAGUCGUCAAGGUGCCAAAUUCAUGUGCAGUGUUUACCCAUGAGAGGAGAUGUUAGUAUACAUCAAAUGUGUACCAUUAGAUACACUACAGAUCCGGAUUAUGGAAAUCUAUCAAAUCCUAUCACAACUCUAGUUGGCACAGCACCUGUCUCACUUUCACUUACUACUCCUGGUACCAUAUACUACUUUGAGUUCUCCGUGUUGAUGAAUGAUACCCUGUUGAUUGUGGAACAAAUAGAGUACAUGAUUACAGAAUCAGGAGAAUCAUUCCAGUUGGGUGCAAGAGAAGGCGUCAUCAUUGCCAUUGUAUCAGUUUUCUUAGGAUGUUUUACUGUGCACACUACUAUCAUGAUAUUGUGCCAAUUAACAUUUAGCAGUGAUGAUCAUACUGUUUCCAGAUUGAAAAAGUUAAUUACUAACAAACAAAUUAAAAUCUCGAUAACACUGAUUCUCCUGGUGCUGUUUAUUGGGUGUAUCACUCUGCUGACAACUUUUGCCAUUAUUUCAAACGAUAUGUGUUUCACAAACCAACAAGUUCCCAACAGUUUGCUUGAUACAUUGUUAGUAAUUUCAAUCAUUGGGAUAGCAUCCAUUCUCCUUUAUUGGGUCUCAGUGGGAUACACAGUUUAUAAACAGAGUACAACAGAAGGAAACAAAACCAAGCUUCAAACAAUGUUUUGUUGCAACAACAAUCUUCACAAGAACAGCAAAUCAAAAACGCAUGAAUGUAAUAUCCAAGAGGAAAACUAUAACACUGUGAAGCACACCCAUAGUUUAAGGCCAUCAGACAGACAUGACAUACAGGACGAAAUUUACGGGAAACUUGAAGAGACAUUUGAGUAUCUCCCUAUGAACGUCAGUGUGUAUGAGCCACUGAGGGCUGGAGAAAAAUCGCAACCUGUUCAUAACGUAGCCAAUGCAAGUUACUCCCAUAUUGGAAGACAAUCAGAACCUGCUGAUACUCACGUUCUAUGCAACAUGCAGAUCCAUAACAUGAGAGAUGACUACGAUGUUCUGGAUAGAAAUGAGAUGUCCUUGUGUACCAGUGCCGAUAUCCAUGAUCCAUGUGAAUCGGUGUAUGGCAAUCUUGAUGAGGCCUCCAUUGAACCCCAUGGUGAUGGUGUCUAUAGUCAGCUAAGGCCAGGGGAGAAGUCAAGGCCAGUACCAAACAUGACUGAUUCCAACUACUCCCAUGUGGAUGUUAAAGAACAAAGUCCAAAGAGACAACAUGAACUGAAGAAGCUAGACUAGACAUUUCAAGAAAACUAGAUCUGGUAAAUGACUAUAAUCACUUUUUAUUAUUAUUACCUAACUGAGCUGUAUACAUGCAUGCAUUUAUAAUAGAGAGUACGAACGAAGCAUAAUAGC